AUGGAGAACACAACACAGAUUGUAUCAUUUGUGCUGGCUGCUUACGGCAACAUUGGACAUUUGAAGUAUCUGUACUUCAUCAUAAUAUUAUUAUGGUACCUGUUGAUUUUUGUAGCCAACUCAGUACUUAUUGUGGUCAUAUUUAGGGACCGGAGGUUGCAUCAACCCAUGUAUAUAUUCCUGUGUAGUUUGUUUGUUAAUGAAAUAUUUGGUAGCACAUCAAUGUAUCCUUGUCUGUUAUCACAGAUGUUUUCAGAUACUCAUGAAGUGAGUGUUACAAACUGCUUCCUGCAGAUAUUGUUUCUCUACACAUCUGUGUCAGUUGAAUACUGUAAUCUGGCAGCCAUGGCUUAUGACAGAUAUAUUUCCAUAUGUUACCCUUUACACUACAGUGUCAUUAUGACCAGUGGAAGAGUCUGCACAAUCAUUCUGCUAGUGUGGGUGUAUUCAUUUGUUAAGUUGGCAUUUACAUUUUCUUUACCUUUUCAUUUUACAUUUUGUGGGAACAUUAUUGAUAAGGUGUUUUGUGACCUACAGCUGGUGAGUAAUCUUGCAUGCUCAGUCUCAACGUUUCACAGUGUGCUAGACUUACUGUUUGGCAUUAUAACCAUUGCAUUGCCAUUGAUUCCAAUUUCAUUUUCUUACCUCAAGAUCUUAAUUGUUUGCUUACAAACCUCCAGAGAGGCCAAGCGGAAAGCCAUUUGUACAUGCACCCCGCAAAUCGUCUCCCUUCUGAACUUGUGCUGCGGCUGUUUCUUUGAUAUGUUUCAAAGCAGGUCAAACGUCGCUCAUAUACCAAGUACACUGCGUGUCGUUUUGUCAGUGUAUCUUUUGAUCUGUCAACCAGUUCUCAGUCCCAUCAUGUAUGGGUUGACUCUGUCAAAAAUUAGAAAUGCCUGUAAAAGAUUUUUGCUUAACAGAAAAUAA